AUGGAUGAUUCAAAGCCAGUUGACCAGAUAUUUACUAAAGCACUACCGAAGAUUGAGUUGCACGCUCAUCUUAGCGGGAGCAUCAGUCGCCAAUGCCUGCAUGAAAUAUGGAAACGCAAAAAAGCGCAGAACCCCGCUCUCGAUGUAGGGGACCCGCUGGUGCUAAUGCCCCCAGGCAAAGUUGACUAUACACUGGAAACGUUCUUCUCAACAUUUUCCAAGUUGACGUACCAGCUCUGUAACGAUCUAGAAAGCUUGGUAUAUGCUACAAACACAGUCCUCGAGGACUUUCUUGGAGAUGGCGUAGUGCACCUCGAGUUACGGACCAUACCAAGAGCAUCUCCCGGCAUCACUCGAGAACAAUACAUCAACUCGGUUCUGGAUACAAUUGAGCAAUUCCGCAGCAGAACUAAACGUAUGUCUGUAUUUUUAAUUCUAGCUAUCGAUCGCGGCAGCAUGACAGCAGCAGAGGCGGACGAGAUUGUCAAUCUUGCAAUCGAAAACAAGUCGCGCGGGGUUGUGGGGGUGGAUAUCUGCGGCAACCCCACCAAAGGCGAUGUCAGCAUCUACAAAGAACCAUUUGCGAAAGCCAAAGCCAAUGGGCUAGGAAUCACCCUUCACUUUGCCGAGACAGAAGCCUCGGCUUCCGCGAGCGAGCUAUCAACCCUUCUUUCUUUCCAGCCCGACCGACUAGGCCAUGUCAUCCAUGUGCCUGACGAGAUUAAGGAGAUUGCGCGACGCAAGCUGAGUCUCGAGCUGUGCAUUUCUUGCAAUGUUCAUGCAAAAAUGAUUAAUGGAGGGUUCUUGGAUCACAAUUUCGGUUAUUGGCGACAUGAGGAAUGCCCAAUCGCGCUAUGUACCGAUGAUGUGGGAUUUUUCUGUAGCCCCGUCUCGAACGAGUACUUGUUGGCUGCACAGCAUUUCGGUUUGAGUCGGACUGAUCUCUUGGAUAUGUGUAUUAAGUCUGCAGAUGCAAUUUUUGCUAGUGAGUACUACAGAGGGAGAAUUCAAGGUAUGCUCGAAGUAUUUGCUACUCGAUUUGACUCUGCAUGA